UUGAGCAGAGCGCAUUCCGCAAACGGAGCAACAUUAAACCAUAGUCCCCAGAGCGCUAGUAAGUGGCAACAUGUUUAAAAACACGUUCCAGUCGGGUUUCCUGUCGAUACUGUACAGCAUAGGUAGCAAACCACUUCAGAUUUGGGAUAAAAAGGUUCGCAAUGGACACAUCAAGCGCAUCACGGACCAAGACAUCCAAUCGUUGGUGCUGGAAAUCAUUGGCACAAACGUUAGCACCACGUACAUAACGUGUCCGGCCGAUCCGAAAAAGACGCUCGGCAUUAAACUUCCCUUCCUGGUGAUGAUUAUCAAAAAUCUGAAGAAAUACUUCACCUUUGAGGUGCAGGUGCUGGAUGAUAAAAAUGUCCGUCGUCGGUUUCGGGCCAGCAACUACCAGUCGACGACCCGCGUUAAACCCUUCAUCUGUACCAUGCCGAUGAGGCUUGACGAAGGUUGGAAUCAGAUCCAGUUCAAUCUGUCCGACUUUACGCGGCGUGCGUACGGUACCAACUACGUAGAAACGUUGCGCGUUCAGAUCCAUGCCAACUGUCGGAUACGGCGUGUAUACUUCUCCGAUCGACUCUACUCCGAGGACGAACUGCCGGCAGAGUUUAAACUGUUCCUACCCAUUCAAAAGCCGCAAUCGAAAGCGAUCGCACAGCAGCAGGCAUGUUAGAAACGAACUAAUUGAAGAAAGUCUUUAGGGUUAGUGUUUGAAGCAAGACUUGAGCGCAUUUUCGUACAUGUAGAGUUAAGGGUGUUUCAGAUCGUUUUAUUUUGCUGCUCGAAAUAGUGUUUUAUUUGCAUAAAUUUCACGCACUGAAAGACUUUUGGCAAAUGAAAUAUGAUAUAGAAGUGUCCUUAAAAACAGAUAAAAACGAUAGUAAUAGACUAAAUGGCGCAUUCAGAAAGGUUAAAUAAGUAUUGCAGUAGAUAUGAUGUGCUCUUUUGUUUGCUGCUUGUUUUUUUGCUUUUGUUACAUUACACGCUACAACAUUUGUGUGUUAUAGACUAUAAUUUUAGUCAUAUAGAUAUUUUUAUAAGAAACAACCAAAUUAUGGGCACAUAUCCUGUGUGCAUUCGUGUGGUUUAGUGUGACAGAGCGAAGGUGUAGGCGAAGUGAAUGUUUGAACAAACAUUAAGGUCAGAUACAA